GGUGGUAAAGGGAUGAACAUCUCAUGGUUCCUCCUAUUGAUACAUUAAAACAUGGAUUCCCCGUCUAUAAAAACAGUGGCCCCAAACAAACGACAACAUACUCAACCGACCACCGCACUUUCAAGUUAAGUAACCAUCCUUGGCAAUUAAGAGUAAAAAUGGGACAAGUGUUUCUGCUGAUGCCAGUCUUACUGGUCAGUUGUUUCCUGAGUCAAGGGGCAGCGAUAGAAAACCAACGGCUCUUCAACAUCGCGGUCAGUCGGGUGCAACAUCUCCACCUAUUGGCUCAGAAAAUGUUCAAUGACUUUGACGGUACCCUGUUGCCUGAUGAACGCAGACAGCUGAACAAGAUAUUCCUGCUGGACUUCUGUAACUCUGACUCCAUCGUGAGCCCAGUCGACAAGCACGAGACUCAGAAGAGUUCAGUCCUGAAGCUGCUCCACAUUUCUUUCCGUCUGAUUGAAUCCUGGGAGUACCCUAGCCAGACCCUGAUCAUCUCCAACAGCCUAAUGGUCAGAAACGCCAACCAGAUCUCUGAGAAGCUCAGCGACCUCAAAGUGGGCAUCAACCUGCUCAUCACGGGGAGCCAGGAUGGCGUACUGAGCCUGGAUGACAAUGACUCUCAGCAGCUGCCCCCCUACGGGAACUACUACCAGAACCUGGGGGGCGACGGAAACGUCAGGAGGAACUACGAGUUGUUGGCAUGCUUCAAGAAGGACAUGCACAAGGUCGAGACCUACCUGACCGUCGCCAAGUGCAGGAAGUCACUGGAGGCCAACUGCACUCUGUAGACGUGGGCUGGAGAGGCAGCCAGCAAGUGCCUGUCUCCAGGGUUCGGUUUGCCAGAUACAGAUUAGGCCUUGCCCUGCACUGAGGUGCAUUUUCAAUUGAGAUUCUCCAUUAAACAUGCUUUUCAGUCUGGAGUAAUUUAAUUUUGGAUCUGGUAGAGCCUGACUCCAGGAGUUUUCAGGCAUUUGCAUUUUUUUCUCUGAAUCACUCUGAGCUACCAUUGAUUAGUACAUUUAUAGAAAAGGUUAUUAAAUAUGCUACUGUUUAUGCAUACGUUAAUAUUUAGGGGUGAAAUGGGAACUUGUAGAGCUCCAAGCUUUUGGAUAAUAUAUUUUAGAGUAAUUUCCUUUUAGUAUUUUCAUUCCUUAAUCUUAUUGUUUGAAACUAAUAGUGAUUCAUGUUUCAAUAAAGAUGUUCUUCUCUGCAGCA